AUGUUGACCAUUGCUCUUCUUGCCCUUCUCUGUGCAUCCGCCUCGGCCAGUGCCAUUCAGGCUAGGUCCUCCUCCUCCAAUGGAGCUUAUGGAGGCAGUGGAGGGCAGCGAUUCUCCCAUUCUGGUUACCAGCUGGCAGGCCCCAUCACUGCCAUCCGUAUCCGGGUCAACAGAUACUACAUCGUAGGAUAAGAUUCUUUGCUCCAGGUCCGCUAUGGCAAGGUGUGGAGCGACUACGUGGGCGGCACCCACGGAAACCUGAAGGAGAUCUUCCUGCACCCUGGGGAGUCAGUGAUCCAGGUGUCUGGCAAGUACAACUACUACGUGAGGCAGCUGGUCUUCAGCACUGACAAGGGCCGCUACCUGCCUUUUGGGAAAGACAGAGGCAUGAGUUUCAAUGCUGUCCCCUUGUACCCCAGCACUGUGCUUUGAUUCAUCAGUGGUCGCGCUGGCUCCCUCAUCAACGCCAUCAGCCUGCAUUGGGACAUCUACCCCAGUGACUGUGGCAGUUGCUGA